CUGUGAUUCUGCCCGGCUGCACUAAAAACAUCAGCUUCAUCUUCAAGAGUGCGUCUGCGGGCAUCAUGACUGAGGCCUGGCGUCUGCACACACACCCGGUGCUGAUGGGCGGAGCUUCACUGCGGGUCACUCUGAGGGGCGUGGCUUUAGAGCAGGACAACAGCGCCCAGCAGAGAGCCGCACUGGAGAAGGAGCUGGAGCAGAAAGUGUCCAUGUCACUGUGUGGACGGAUCGUCAGGGAUCUGCUGAGAGGAGUUCACACUCCAGAACGGCCCAGUUCUCCUGCUGAUCUCUUCAUCACAGACGAGGAGCUGUUCAACACGCUCAACCCUCAU